CUUCUCUUUCAGAGAGAGAACAUAUUAUAAAAACAAAGAAAUAUACUCCUUUUCCAGCAUUUUUAUCAUCUUUGGAACUCUCCCAAGAAUCCUAUCCAAGUUUCCAGUCUCUCCUUAGCCGAAAAGUAUAGUCUUGCAAAUAUUAUCACUGCUGAGAACACUUGUAGAAUAUUUCACAGGACAGCGAUUCCUGUGUGCUAAGGGAGGCUGUUUGGUGGGUUAUGCAGGGACUUUCUUGGCUUUGUUCAUAUAUUUAAAUUCUUGGGUCUCCAAAGCCAUACUUUGUCUCUGCAUCCUGCCUGCUGGAUCUGCUCUCCAGCAGGGACCCUCGCUCCUGCGGGCUGUGCGAGGACACUGUCAGAAAAGCCACCAGGUGACUGAGCUGAUGCUUGGCUAACAGCGAAGGGGCAGGUAGAGCUAGAGAACAGAACAUAGGAGGGCGGUGCAGAGAGCGUCUUCAGAGGACAAACGAUAAAAGAUAAAUAUAAAAAGAUAAAAGAAUAAACAAUAAAAUCAUAAGACUUCCUCUGUCCCAGGCACAAUGCCAAGCAUUUUUUUUUUCCAUGAACUUUCUCUUCAUUUUUCCCAAUCCCAUAAUAAAAACUUCCUUUACAGAGGGGGAAACUUACAGAGUUUGAGUCAUUUUCUCCAGGGCAGUCAGCCAGUGAGUAGCAGAGCUGAGAGCUCAACCCAGCAACUUAUUGAAGAGCCCGGAUCUUGCCUUUGAGGGGGUUUCUGUUUCUCUGAGGAAGCACACUCCGUCAGAACCCACAGGAGGCCUGCAGAGCUGGGCCAUGGCAUGGUGGUGGCUGCUCCUGCUAGAGCUGUGGACAAUCAUGCCCACCUGGCCUGGGGACGAGCUGCUCAACAUCUGCAUGGAUACCAAACACCACAAGGGAAAGCCUGGCCCAGAAGACAAGCUCUACGAUGAGUGCAUCCCCUGGAAGGACAAUGCCUGCUGCACAUUCAGGACAAGCUGGGAAGCCCACCUAGAUGUGUCUCCACUCUACAACUUCAGCCUGUUUCACUGUGGACUGCUGAUGCCUGGCUGUCGGAAGCACUUCAUCCAGGCCAUCUGCUUCUAUGAGUGCUCCCCAAACCUGGGGCCCUGGAUCCGGCCAGUGGGUAGCCUGGGGUGGGAGGCGGCCCCAAGUGGGCAGGGAGAGCGAGUUGUGAACGCACCGCUGUGCCAGGAGGACUGUAGGGAGUGGUGGGAAGACUGUCGCACAUCUUACACCUGCAAGUCCAACUGGCGUGGCGGCUGGGACUGGAGUCAGGGGAAGAACCGCUGCCCCAAAGGGGCCCAGUGCCUCCCUUUCUCCCAUUACUUCCCCACCCCAGCUGACCUGUGUGAGAAGACUUGGAGCAAUUCCUUCAAGGCCAGCCCUGAGCGACGGAACAGCGGGAGGUGUCUCCAGAAGUGGUUUGAGCCUGCUCAGGGCAACCCCAACGUGGCCGUGGCCCACCUCUUUGCCAGCCCUGCCCCAUCCUGGGAACUGUCCUACGCCCUCAUUGUCUGCUCCCAGUUGCUGCCUUUCCUUUCCUGAGAGCCUUCCUACUCCCUCCCAUACUCCUGCACAUCCACCAAAUAUGGGUCAGGCCAGGCCAUGGCCACCUCUUUCCUCAGGCCUUCCCCUAAAAGCAGUGGCACAGGCUAGGGACUGCAGUCCCACCUAGUCCCCAGCCCGUGCCACUGCUCCUAGGGAAGGGCCUGAGGAAGGAAGUGACCACUGAGGCUUCAGCGGCUGGUGCCUGAGCCCUGUACAUUUGGUCUGAGGCCCCUUCCACUGCUCUGCUCUGCCGUAGCUGGCCUGGGAGGCAGCUGGGGGCUGGGAGUGGCAAGGUGACUGGCCCCCACCUGCCUUGAGGGAUGGGAGCUUUCAAGGGGCUCGAGGAUCUUCCUGUCCAGUGCACGCCCACCCCUUUCUGUGACAGCUGAUAGUGGCAGCCCUGGCCUCCCGUCCUCCAGUGGUGUCUCCAAUAAAUCAGCGGUUGACCUCUCCUCU